AUGCUUCCGUCAGUGCUGUUGACGACUGGGCUACCUUACUCACUUACUCAGGAAAGAAGACAAGAUGAGAUGCAUAGAUGGACAUGGAGCAUGCGUGUGUGUGCAUAUAUGUAUUUGCCAGUGUCAAGAGCGAUGGAAGGAAGUGAGUGGAAAGGUAAAGUAGUGAGACGAAGCAAAUGA